CAGUAUCGCGUUACUGCUCACACGGCUUCACGGUGGUGACGACACGAACCUUUCCCUAAUGGCUGGCACAAAAACACCAUCUUCUCCGACAUAAAUACUUUAAAUCGGUUUUCAAAAGCGCUUUGAGCCGCUUUAGUUGACGAUGAACAAGCUGUUGCGUCUCGUGUGUCUCUUUGGGUUUUACAGUACCGUUGUGAGCCUGCAGUGCUUUACGUGUUACUCAUCUGACUCGUGGGACGACUGCCAUCGACGCAUGAGCAUUGUGACGUGCGGGUCGCGUCAGGACCGCUGCAUCAAGGUACAACGCACCAUGCUCGCCGCCAACAACGAGCGCUUUACUGUCCUCUCUAAAUCGUGCUUCCAUCACACCUCGUGUACCCUGGAAGCAUGCAUGAACCACAGUAAUAGGUGGAAAGACGCCGAAUGCUCGUUUGAAUGCUGUAACACAACGCUGUGUAACGUCGGUUCCACAAAGCAUGUGUCACGCAUCACGCAACCUGUGACGAGUUGGCCUGUUACACAGCAAGUAGAGCGAGCUACAUCUAAAAGUGUCAUGUUUUUCAUAGGAAAUACUGAAAUAUUUAUUUCAUUUACAGUUUUAAUGGUGAUGCACCUUUGUGAGUAAAGUCAUUAGCAUAAAUGAUAAAUGCCAAUUUCAAAUACCGUUGCACUCGAAAAUCCAAUUGGCGUGUAUCGCAGUGAUUCAUGGGUAAAUGACAGAAUUCUAGCCUCUGAGGACCAUGGGAAUGUUUAAAGGAAUAUAAAUAAGAAUGCUAAUAA